AAGAGGGGGGCGGGGGGGGUAGAGGGAAAGAGAGGUGGUCUGCUUCACAGCUCUGACGGUCUACUUUACUUUCGCGGACCCAGACAGAGAAGGACUCCCAGCGGGUCUUUUUUUAACAGAGUCUAACCGAGACUUGAGCAGAACGAACCUGAAUUUCAGUCGUCAGCACCUUGGACAGCGAAUCAAAGCAAAACCAACGGGAAGGGCGCUCCCGAAGUCCGGGCGUCCAGAGACGCGACUCCCCGCUUUGGAUUUGUGGUUGCCCCCCCACCCCUCGACCCCCCACCACUACCACCACCUCCACCCGCGCAUCAUGAUGGGCCGCAGCGGACUUUAGUUCAGUUCAUGAGCUCUGACAGCCCAGAUAUGCCCUAGAAGGCAAUCUAACCAGAGUUGCAUUCAGCAUGAAGGCUGCACGUAGGAAUGAGCGAUCGACAGCGAAACUUAGCUCGGACUGAAUCUUCUGCGAAGCUUUAAUCAGAGUUGCCUCGACGACCAAAAAAAAAAAUAAAAAUCGUAGACUUGUUUUGUGCCGCGCACCAUGGGGAAAAGGCACCUUUUGUUACUUCUCAUUUAUCUGGAUCCACUGAGCGUGCUGAGUGCGGCCACGGGUGGGAAAAAACCCAAACAGACGACCAGGAAGGUUCCCAAAGCCACGGCGGCUCCCACGGUGGCGACGCAGCCGAAGACGCCGCAGCCCGCUCCGGCCAGCAACCACGACACGUGCCUGGGUUAUUACGACGUCAGCGGGCAGUAUGACAAAAUGUUCGAAUGCAACAACACGGACCAUCGCUACUGUUGCGGGACUUGCUACCUGCGCUUCUGCUGCGAGUACAAGAAAGACAGACUGGAUCAAAAAGCCUGCACGAACUAUCAAACGCCGGUGUGGGUGCAGACGGCCGCCCCGUCCCCAGUACCGACGGGGGAGACUUUUGAGGGCAUGGACCAGACCAAUACGGCGGUCUACAUCACCUGUGGGAUCAUAGCCUUCAUCAUAGUAAUGGGAGUGUCCGCAAAAGUUGCUUAUGACAAAGCCACAGAACCGCCUCAAGAGAUGAAUAUACACAGGGCCCUUGCCGACAUCCUGAGGCAACAGGGGCCCAUUCCCAUCUCUCAAUACGACUGCGAGAACUUUGCAGCGAUGAACGGCUCGUCCAAAGACAACACACCGGUCAGAACCUCAUCCAAGAACCACUACACUCCUGUUCAUGCCUCUAAAUCCAACCACGGUCACUACGGGAAGGAGGGUGUGCGGAACAGCGGUGGCGCGGACCUUCACAACUUCAUCUCCUCUGGUUUUGUGACAUUGGGGCGAGGACCACAGAAAGGAGAAAAACAUUGGCCCGUCCGCUCCCAGAGUCACCAUGGUAGCCAUCCACACAACUAUAACCAUGUGGCUCUAGGUAGCCCCAUACGCACCCCUAAAAAUGCCCACCGAUCAUUGAGGCGUGACAACAAUCGGAUAAGUGGCAUCCUGACCUCGCAGACGGAGCCCUACGACCUGUCUUUUUCACGCUCCUUCCAGAGUCUGUCCCACCUGCCGCCCUCCUACGAGGCGGCCGUCAAAGCCGACCUCAACCGCUUCUCGUCCCUGAAGAAACUCACAGAUAAAGAAGUUGAGGACUACUAUUCUCGUAAGCGACACCUGCCUGACCUGGCGGCGCGAGGCACUCUUCCCUUGCACGUUCUCAAAAUCACUCAAGACCAGGUGGGUCAACAGCAUCGGGAACAACAGCAGCUUCAAAGUCAGGUUCCACAGUCUUCCAUCAUGCAGGCAACUUCCCAGUCACAGUCCUCCCAACAGCAGUCCCAGCAAAGGCAGAGACCCCGCCGCGUCCAGAGAGCCAUGUCUCAGGAUCGAGUCCUGUCCCCACAGAGCGCCCCACAGCAGGAUUACAACACGUCGUCUAAUGGUAUGUCCCCUUACGGAGGCCGAAUCCUCUCGGACGAACAGCUGCUAUCUGCCGAACGGCUUCGAUCCCAGGAACGCCUACUUCCACAGGACCGCUAUACUUCCCAAGACCGUCUGUACACCAAAGACCGCAUGUACUCCAAGGACCGACUUCUCUCACAGGAUCACCUCUACUCAAAAGACCGCCACUACUCUCAAGAACGACUCUACUCACAAGAUCGCCUGUACUCACAAGACCGCCUUCUAUCCCAGGAUCCUUUGCUCUCGCCGGACAAGCUGAUGAUGUCGCUAAAGCGUGGCAUGGUCAGUAGUAUUUCCGGCGGGUUUUAUGGAAGCGACAAGUCCAUGUCGCGUGCCAUCUCGCACACGGACGUCUUCAUACCCACCACGCCUCUUAUGGAUCGCUACAAGAUGACCAAAAUGCACUCCCAUCCCAGUGCCUCGAACAACAGCGGCGGAGUCAGCGCUGGAACUCCCGGAGUGGUAGCAGCCCCACACUCCAACACUUUAGCAAUGAACCAGACUCUAUCCAAGCGGCAGGCGUUUGCCGCCAGACGGACUCACACCGUGGAGCAGCUCCACUACGCCCCGCAGCAUCACCAGCAACAACAACAACAUCCACAGCACUACCGCACAGGAAGCAAGACUGAGGUGACAGUGUAAAAACGGCAACCAAGGAGUGCCUGAACUGCACAGACAAAAACAACUCCAAAACAGCAUUGUGUCAUUGGCCUUGGUAGGCCGAUGUGCUCACUACUCAGAGUAGGACAGUAGUGAUUUCCUUUUAUUUUGACCCAUGUCCCAGGACCAAGAACAUCCACUAUCUUAAAGUGAGAGACCGGUAAAAUGAGCUACACUGUACACGACAUUGAGAUAAUUUUAAUUUGGGACGUGAAAAAAUGGUCACUUUCAUAGGACAACUAUCGUUCCCUUCUCGCUUCAUUCGCUUAUUCAUGGUCUCAGCCUCAUUCCAGGUCUUUUGAAGUCUCGCUGACCCCGCCCCCCCCCAACUGCCCGCCCCCAACCCUUCAUUUGUCCAGCCAAUCGACUCAAUCUAUCCAUGAGCUUUUCUGGCAAAUUUGAAAGGGCUUUGCGCAGAGAAACCCGCGGUCCAAAUUUCUCCUUGAUUUCUGAUGUGCAACACAGAUGAAGAGCUUGGAUGAACCCGUUAUAAAUAAAGUUUAUAAAUAUAUAAAUAAAUGGAUUGAAAAACAAAAAAACAAAAAACAUUUGUGCACUCUGUCAUCAUAACUAUAAAGCUAUCUCGAAGCGAGAAGCUGAAAUGGGUGUUAGUUGCACUCUCUGGUGCUUCUAACAGAUGUUCCAUUUCUAAAAACAUUAAGUGGUUAUGUGGGUUGCAAAGCACAAUUAUUAAAAUGGGGGGGGGGAUUAUAUUGUUCCAGAGUUUUUAGUGAUGGCUAGCAUUUUUUUUUUUUUGCAAGCAAACCAUGACAAUGAUAUAUAAAUAUUUUUUAGUUUCUUUUGCUUCAAGUAGAUGAUUGUAAAUAAGCUAUAGUAGAAACAUUAUCCUGGACAGAUCUGAACUGAAUGGACUUCGUAUUAGACUGUCUGUUGGAAAUAGAUUCUUUCAAAGAACAAUGACAAAUUAUCACUGUUUUGUGAGUUAAGAUUAGAAACCCACUUAACAGAGUAUCUGACAGGAAAAAAAAAAACUACUAUCCUGUGUGUGUGUGUGUGUCUUUACAAAUCUGUUUGUAGGGAGAAAAGGAACGGCAGUGUGAAGAUUUAAAAAAAAAAAUAAAACAAAAUAAAAUAAAAAAAUGUAUACCACUGUUCAUACUUGGAUGUGUACAGUGUUCCAUUGACAUCACUGAAGUUGAACAUUAUGGUUAUAAAUGCUUGUAGGGACAAAUAAACAUUCAUAUUUUUCUAAACAUUCAA